AUGGAUGAAGUUGUAUUACUUUUCGUAGUUUUGGUUCUCUUGAUUUCAAUUCCUUCUCUCAUUCAAUGCAAAUCGAAAAAGAAAGAAAGUAGUAGAAAAGUGGACAGAGGUAAAACAAAAGUGGAUGCAAGAUCAAGAGGAGUUUCGAGAAAGAAGUCAUCUGAAACAGCAGCAGAAGGCAAUAAAGUUUCAAUUGCGAAAUGUCUGAAAAGUAAAGAGAAACGAUCAAAUGAACAGACAAUUCAGCCAACGAUUACGAAGGAUGGAAUGAAAAUAAAGGCUAAAAAGAAUAAUAAAAAGAGCAAAUCCAAAGAAACGACAGUUUCGAAGACUACUGUAUCUUCGAUGGAAUUUCAAAUGGAAUGA